AUGCCUGCCGCCAAGAAAUUAGAGAGGCGGGAAACCGCCUCUGGUGGCCUCUGUUCGGCCGUUCCAAUCCAAUCCAAUCCCGCGCGCGGCGCCCCUCCUCGCGGCCCUUCUUCUUCCCCCGAUUCGGAAACCCUAGUUCCCUCGAUUGUAGAACCUUCCUCUUCCCCUCGAUUCGGAGAACUCUAGGCGCGGAGGGUUCUAGAACCUUCUGGCGCGGGAGGAUGGCGGGAGGGGCCGUGGACCAGUCGCUGCUCGACCUGCUGCCCCAGAUCCACGCCCUCUUCUCCGACCCGCUUCGCGUGAUUUCGUAUAAAUGGCUUAGUCGGAACUUCUCUGUAUCAUCAAAUGAUGCCAAGAGGUUGCUUCAGGAGUUUGUCGACAAAAAUGGAGCCGACCUCCAAGUGAUUUACAGUGUGUCAGGGUGGCUGAAGAAUAAUCCCCAAAAUUAUUGUGUAAAGCUCACUUCAGGCCCAAAACUUGAAGAAGCAAGACAAGCAUUCAAAGAUUCUUGUUCGGUUCAGGUCUACAGUAUCCAGGCAUCUAUUCCAAAAGAUACUGCGGUACUAUGGAAUCCUGAAUUUGUUCAGGCAGAAGAGCUUUUCAACCAACCUUUUGAUGAAGAGAACUGUUUGAGAGAUAAUAGAUUUUGUGGUGUUUUCAAUUCUUUUGUCAAGCGAACAUCCAGUGGGAAGCAUGUGAGCUCAUUGCCACCAAAGCCUGUAAAUGGUGCUGCGGUAGCUGCACAGUCAAAACCUAGUGUUACCCCAAAGGAGCAGUCUGUUACUGCUCGGCAGCAGGAUUUGCCUGGAGUGUCUAGUCUAAAGCAGGGAGCAGGCAAUAAGUCUGAGAAGGAUAGUUUCACAGUAUUAGAUAAAGCUGCCAAUGCUCCUGUUUCCAAAGAACCAUCAAUUGUUGCCCAUGCAAACAAAAAUAAAGCUCAGAAUGGCAAGGCCAUGCCUGGUAAUGGUGGAUCGCUGGCUAACAUGUGGGGCCGUGCAUCAGCAAAACCGAAGCCUCCAGCUACCACUAAUCCUGCAGCUGUAGCAAGUGUUGCAGCUACUGCUGAUGCACAAAUAUGUGCAAAGGAAGAAGCAGAUGCUGAUAGCAGUGAUGACGAACAGGGACUAAAGUACAGGAGGGGCUCUGGCAAUGCAAGUAACAGAAAGAGAAGAGCAGUUUUUGAUUUUUCAGAUGAUGAGGAAGAUGACAAUAUUGUAAGCAUUGCAUCUCCUGAGCUACCAAAACCGCAAGCCCCAGACCCUGUUACCCAAACUGCUGAAGACACUGAAGCAGAUCAAAAGAACAUGGAAAAUAAAGAAGAUAUACCAAGCAAUGUGAAAGGUUGCUCAAGGGGGUUGGAUUUUGAGUUAACUUCAGAAUGUAAAAGUAAAAGUGUCAAUACUAUAAAUUAUUCUGGGAUUACUUUAAAAGAAAAGAGCAGUGAUCCUCCAAUCAAUGACAAUAAGCAGGAUUCCACAGCUGAGCCUGCUUCCACCUCACCGAAGAGAAGAAAGGUUUUGAAGACACGUAUAGAUGAGCGAGGAAGGGAAGUUACUGAGGUUGUCUGGGAGGGUGAAGCUUCUGCUGGUGACAAGACAGAGAAGAAUGCGAACACUACUACUGCGAGCAGGGCGGCUCCUUCAAGCAAGCCACAGCCAGCAGCAAACGCUGACAAGAGCAAAGCUCCAAGCAAAGCAGCAGGCAGCAAGAAACCUGCGAAGGCCGGCACUGGCACCAAGCAAGGGAGCAUCAUGUCAUUCUUCAAGAAGGCAUAAAGACUGCAGGGCUGCACACACUUGUCAGAUGGGCUUGCUCAGCAGAUUGUCGUGUUUCCGCUGCACACUGGCAUUCAGCCGCUACUAAACUGGCCCCCCGGCCAGGCGACUGAAGUGGCUCCUCUACCUGAAUCUCGUCAUGUGCACGCUGGGAGCAGGCGCCCGUUAGUUUAGUCGUAUCAUUUUGUUGUAGCAAGAGUAGUGUUGAUUGAAUCAAGCCGAGAGGACGUUUGGGAGCUCAGAGAUUGUCUUUCUGUAGAUGUACAUAUAAUUGUACCGACGCGACUCACGUUUGCACUUUGCACGGUGUUGUGUACUUGUUGUCUGGAAGUGGGAGGAAGAAGCACUUUUGGGGUA